UGCAUGUGUCAACUAGUGGCUAGCUGCUGCUAGCUACUGCCCAGUAACAUGGCUUGUUGAAACAUUUUCACAUAGGCACCGUUUGUGCCGCGACGCAGCUGUCGCUCAUCAUGAGAGAGGACCUUCGCUUCCGCUGCAUGUCCGGCAACCUCUGGUGCCAGAGAGGAUGAGGGGCCGUGUGAAGACAAUGAUAAGUUAGCACAACGCCGACACAGUCCGGGGGGCUACAGUGUUUUUGGACAGGCGGUUGCUUUGCCCGCUGGAAUCCUGCGAAGGAAAGCUCUGAGAUUUUUUUUUCUUCUUCUUCUUCUUCUUCGCAAGGACUGGAUGCGGAAGGAGGAUAUGAGGCAACCUGGACAGCUAAUGCUAAUUGUAAGCGAUGCUGGCGUCAACACUGUGGGGGAACCUUUCACUAUGAAUGUUUCCUCACACAUCCAGCGGGUUACCGAUGUGCCAAAAGGUCACUCUCCAGAUUACUCAACAAGGAUUAGGCCAGAGUGUGGCAGCGCGGCGAGCGAGAACGCACUGGCACAAGAAUAUGCCAGGAUUCUUCACCUCCACUGAAGUAGACAUGUCCAAGACACAGAACAAUUGUCCUUGAUGAAACAGUCUUGGUUAACCUGCCAUCCCCAAUGGAAGUGCCAUCGUAGACACAAGACACUGUGGCUCGAACUGCUGCACAGUUUUUGGAGCUACAGCUUAGAAGGAAGCAUUGUAGCUUUUGGUUGAACCUGAAGGUGAAGAUGGGUUCCCAGGCUCUUCAGAUAUUGCGGCAGGGUGUGUGGGCUUCUCUCACCGGAGGCUGGUAUGUGGACCCCCAUCAGAGCACCUUCUCCAACUGCUUCCACCUCUACCUUUGGAUAUUUCUUCUGGCCUUCCCCUUUCUGCUGUUCAUGGCUCUUCCUCCUACCUUGGUGGUGGCAGGCGUCUACUCUGCUGUGGUGGCAGUCUUUUUCACAGCCAUCAAGGUGGUAAAUUUCCGGCUCCAUGCUAUGUUCGACCUUGGGGAGAUUAUAGAGAAGAAGCAGGCCUCACUCACAGCUGAUGCCCCGAGAACAGAAGAAGGAGAUGAAGGUUCAGGUAUCCACGACGGCAAUCAGCACAGGGAUAGCCAUGUUGGUGUAGAGAUGACUGUGUUUCGGAAGGUCAACUCGACACCCCCAGUGCGCUGUAGCUCCCAGCACUCGCUGUUUGGGUUGAACCAGGUGUCUGAGUUCUUGCCACAGCUGGAUGAUACAGGGGGCACAAAGUAUAUAAAAGAGCUAAUGCGGGAACAGGGAAGCAAUAACAUGAUUGUUACGUCAGCUCAUCGUGAGAUCCUACGCCAGAGCUCUCAGGAUACCAUUAGAGCUCCCAGUGUCAUGCAGUCAUGCAUUGCCGCUGGUCUGGGAGGGGAUUUCUCUGGUCUAGUGGGAGUAUCUGCAGUGUCGGUUGGAUUUGGAGAACAUGGUGACUGCUUGUCUAUCCCCCCUUCACCCUCCAGUCAAGAAGAUGGAGGAGAGAAAGAACAGUUGCAGGAAGUUGAGGAAUUACCAGAGCAUAUGUCUCAACUUAGUCCUGAGGACAAUGGGUUGGGGGCUUAUUCGCCUCUUGGUCCCUCUGCUGAAUCUGAGAGCCUUGGGGAUACUCCCCUUAGCCCCCUUAUAAAGAGCAGCUUAAGUGAGGAGCUGAGUGAAAACCUCCUGGGUUUGGGGCUUGACCCUGUGGCGUUUGCGCCUGGGACUGAGCACCCAGGCAGCCGCAGUGGGGUGGCACUGGCUGCCGGAUCCACAGACAGCUGUUUCAGUGCAGGUGGUGCCACUACAGACCGUGAGACGCUGAGCACUGUUAGCAGUUACCGCAGUGAAAAAACGGAUUCUACUCAACUUGAAAGCCCUUCGUUCAGCCAUUCGCGGCCUGCAGAUGGACAAUCGUCUGCCUCAGCAAAAGCAAUAGGCUCCAACAUCCAUGAGUCUAGGGAUGAUUCGGCAGGACAGGGUGGCAGCGACACGGACAACCUGUCAGACAGUGUGUUACUACGUUCACCUUCCAAAGAGUUCUCCCUCAGCCAGGGACUAGACAGGACACUUGUUGAAGGAGAGGAUUUGACCCCUGUACCCUCUAAUAUUGCACAUCCCCUUCCCCUCCAGAACUCUUCCCCUUCAAGUAGUGGCCAAUCAGAGAUUUGCGAUUUAGACAGAAAUGUCCCAGUUCCUCCUCUGCCCCCACCUCGGCAGGCCAAUUCAGUCCCCUCAGGGCUGGCCCUGGGUCUAGUGUGCUCUGAGCCUGCUUUGCCCAUAUCCUCUACCCCCUUCUUACUGUCUGACCAGCCUGCUUUGCAAGCCCAGCAGGUUGUGCGCCCGAAAGACUUGAAGCUGCUGCGGGCCAGCGGCAGUAGUGUGGGGCACAGGCCAGGCCGAAGGAAAGCCCCACGAAGGCGAGCUGGAGCGGGCAGCAGUAGUUUUGACUGUGGCUCUUACAGGCGUCACCACAAUCAUAGACAACACAGAGAUUACAUCCCAGUGCGCAACCGACUUGGCGCAAAGGCAUACAGUGAAAGUUUGUUUGAGGAUUCCAGCGAUGAGGACGAUGGCAGUGACAUGAGCGCUGGUUCCAGUCUUGGCUCGCAGCGCCGAUACAGCUCAGACGAUGACGACGACGAUGAUGAUGACGACUCGAGUUCGUCUACCUCCUGCUACUCCCCAGACCUCGCUAACACUGGUAUAACAGCCCCACUCCCCACUGCUGCUCAACUGCCCACUCCAAGGGAAGGGGAUCUGCCUGACACUGCUGGCCCCUCUCAUUCCCGUGCUGCUCAGCGCUCUUCUAGCACAGCUAGUGCUAAAACUCAUGCAAGAGUGCUCAGUAUGGAUGGGGCAGGUGGAGGCCAGAGUAACACAGCAGCAGCUCAGCCUUCUACUCUGCUCACAAUGCCCUCCACCUCCACCCCUGCGCCUCGAACUCUCACCAUCUCCAAGUCUGAUCUGGAAGCCCGCACUAUUCAUACCGAUGGCUUCCCUGGAACACUUCACCAUCGACUCGAUUCUCUUGGUGGCUCUUGGACUGGCAACCAGAUGGGCUGGAGGGCAGGAGAGCUGAAUGAAGAGGGAGCUGUGGGAGGAGCUAAUAACCCUUCUACAGCCCUGGCUGCAGAGGAUGGGAGCAAACAUGACUCAGUGAGCAGUGUGAAGAGGACCCAGGCCAUUCGCAGGAGACACAAUGCUGGAAGCAACCCUACACCGCCCCCAUCCACCAUGGGAUCCCCUCCCAGCUUGCAGGACCUCCAGCGGGCUCGUACCUCCUCUCACUCGCGGACUCGCACACUCCCGUCAGCCUUACAGUUUGCCUCCUCGCUCCUACUGCCUCGCAGUGGCAUCCACGAGGCCUCGACCUUUGACGACACAACAGAGGGAGCAGUGCACUAUUUCUUUGACGAGAGUGGAGUGAAGCGGUCCUACACGUUUGGACCUGCUGGAGGCGGUUAUGAGGACCCAGUUCAGGAAAGAGAAAGGCAGUCCCAGUCCUCAAGCUUCACCUCCACUGAGGUCCAGGAAGGGGCACCAGUCCUGUCCAUGCUGCAGCCCAGGCCUGUGGUUUUACAGGGCAUGCAGGUGCGCAGGGUGCCCCUGGAGAUGCCUGAGUUUGAUCUGGAUCAUGAGUCUCUACAAGAGUCCCAGGAAAACACACUGAUGAUUGAGGAGAAGGCAAAACCCAAACAGUACUACCGCUUUUGGGUUCUCCCUGGGAAGUGGCUGAGGGUUCGAUAUGAUCGAUUGGCUCUCCUGGCAUUAUUGGACAGGAACCGUCGUGUGGGUGAGAACGUGUUUGCCGUGGUACUGGCCAGUCUGGUGGCCUUCCUUGGGUUCCUGCUGCUGCUCCAGGGCUUUUUCAGGGACAUCUGGGUCUUCCAGUUCUGCCUGGUCAUCGCUAGCUGCCAGUACUCCUUACUGAAGAGUGUACAGCCAGAUGCAGCUUCUCCAAUGCACGGCCAUAACUGGAUCAUUGUGUACAGUCGGCCGGUUUACUUCUGCUUGUGCUGCGUGAUGAUCUGGAUCUUUGACCUCUCUGGACGUUCUGGAAGCCUGCAGCCCUUCUCCCUCUACGGCGUCACCUUCUUCUCUGCACACUUCCUGCUCUGCAUCAGGGAUAUGCUCAUUGUGUUUGCCUUGUGUUUCCCAGUCAUUUUCCUCUUUGGGUUGCUACCUCAGGUCAAUACCUUUGUGAUGUGUCUGCUGGAGCAGAUAGAUAUGCACAUUUUUGGUGGAACUGCCACUACCAGCCCCCUCUCGUCUCUCUUCAGCCUCAUACGCAGCGUGUUGGUGGCUGCUCUGCUCUAUGGAUUUUGCCUCGGUGCAAUAAACGCACCGUGGGGGGAUGCCCAUGUGCCAGUACUGUUCUCUGUGUUUUGUGGCCUACUCCUGGCCUUAUCCUACCACCUCAGCCGCCAAAGCAGUGAUCCAACCAUCCUGUGGUCACUGGUCCGAUCUAAAUUAUUCCCUGAGCUGGAGAGCCGAACACCAGAAGAACCCCCUGUGGAGAUCAAGGACCCCCUCCCUGAAAAGCUGCGUAACUCUGUGAAAGAGAUUCUUCAUUCAGACCUCGUCAUGUGUCCCCUCAUGGCUGUGAUCACCUUUGCCAUCAGUGCCAGCACAGUUUUCAUCGCUUUACAACCUGCUCUUAGCUUUGUCUUGUACAUCCUGGCCGGAGUUGUGGGCUUCAUUACACACUAUCUCCUGCCGCAGCUCCGCAAACAGCUGCCGUGGUUCUGCCUGGCUCACCCCGUGCUCCGCUCCAGAGAGUACAGUCAGUUCGAGGUCCGAGAUGCUGCUCAGUUGAUGUGGUUUGAGAAGCUGUAUGCAUGGCUGCAGUGUGUGGAGAAGUAUUUCAUCUACCCGGCUGUGGUGCUCAACUCCCUGACGACAGAAGCUCGAACUGUGGGCCAGAACCACAAAGAGCUGGACAUCUACAGCCGAGCUUUCUUCAUCUCGGUAGCCGGCAUGAAGCUGCUGCGCUCGUCGUUCUGCGCCCCGUCACAUCAGUACGUGACGCUGUGCUUCACCACGCUCUUCUUCCAGUUUGACUACCCACACUUCUCAGAGACCUUCCUAAUCGACUACUACUUCAUGUCCAUUCUCUUCAGCAAGAUGUGGGACCUGCUGUACAAGCUUCGCUUCGUGCUGACGUACAUCGCUCCCUGGCAGAUUACCUGGGGCUCAGCCUUCCACGCCUUCGCUCAGCCCUUUGCCGUGCCCCACUCUGCUGUGCUUUUCGUCCAGGCCAUCUUUUCUGCCAUAUUCUCCACCCCUCUCAAUCCUGUCCUAGGCAGUGCUGUGUUUGUCACCUCUUAUACAAGACCUGUAAAAUUCUGGGAGCGCGACUACAACACCAAGCGGGUCGAUCAUUCAAACACCAGACUUGCCACUCAAUUAGACCGCAACCCAGGUGCGGAUGACAACAAUCUGAAUUCGAUUUUCUACGAGCACCUGACGCGCUCGCUGCAGCACAGCCUGUGUGGAGACCUGCUGCUCGGUCGCUGGGGCAACUACAGCACAGGCGACUGCUUCAUCCUCGCCUCAGACUACCUCAACGCUCUGGUGCACAUCAUUGAGAUCGGCAACGGCCUGGUCACCUUCCAGCUGAGGGGUCUAGAGUUCAGAGGUACCUACUGUCAGCAGAGGGAGGUGGAGGCCAUCACCGAGGGAGUGGAGGAGGACGAGGGAUGCUGCUGCUGUGAGCCCGGCCACCUGCCUCACAUGCUGUCAUUCAACGCUGCCUUUGGACAGCGAUGGCUGGCGUGGGAGGUGGCCGCCACCAAGUACGUACUGGAGGGCUACAGCAUCAGCGACAACAACGCAGCCUCCAUGUUGCAAGUGUUUGACCUCCGGAAGAUCCUCAUCACAUACUAUGUCAAAAGCAUCAUCUACUAUGUGAGUCGAUCCUCGAAGCUGGAAGAGUGGCUGACUAAUGAGACGAUUCAGGAGGCUUUGCGGCCUUGUCUCGGGCCCAACUACGUGGACAGCGACCCCACCUUCAACCUGAACAUCGACGAGGACUAUGACCACAGGGCCUCCGGCAUCACCCCCUCCUCAUUCUGCAUGAUUUACCUGGACUGGAUUCAGUAUUGCAACAGCCGGCGUCAAACGGUUAGACCCUCUCCGAAAGCGACACAAAAAUUCAUGCCGGUCACUUGUGAAAGAGACGGUCCACUUGUCAACCUCUGUUUUGGGCUGUGCAUCCUGGGACGAAGAGCUCUGGGCACAGCCUCCCACAGCAUGUCUGCAAGCCUGGAGCCGUUCCUCUACGGCCUCCACGCUCUCUUUAAAGGAGACUUUCGCAUCACGUCUCCUCGGGAUGAAUGGGUGUUUGCGGACAUGGACCUUCUGAAUCGAGUGGUGGCCCCAGGGGUGCGGAUGUCCCUCAAACUGCACCAGGACCAUUUCACAUCUCCAGACGAGUACGAGGAUCCGAUGGUUCUGUACGACGCCAUCACGGCCAACGAGGAGAAGAUGUUGAUAUCGCACGAGGGCGACCCUGUGUGGCGCAGCGCUAUCCUCGCUAACAUGCCCUCGUUGUUGGCACUGCGCCACAUCAUGGAUGACGGAAGCGACGAGUACAAGAUCAUCAUGCUCAACAAGAGGUUCCUCAGCUUCAGAGUCAUCAAGGUGAACAGAGAGUGUGUGCGUGGGCUGUGGGCGGGGCAACAGCAGGAGCUGGUUUUCUUGCGCAAUCGUAACCCAGAGCGAGGCAGCAUUCAAAAUGCCAAACAGGCACUGAGGAAUAUGAUUAACUCCUCAUGCGACCAGCCAAUCGGCUACCCCAUCUACGUGUCCCCCCUCACCACUUCGUACGCUGGGGGGCACAGCCAGCUGAAGUCUGUGUGGGGAGGACCCGUCAGCCCUCACAACAUCUACACCUGGCUCAUCAGUAGCUGGGACAGGUUACAGAAAGGUUGUGGUGCUGGCUGCAACAGCGGCGGAAACAUCGAAGACUCUGACUGUGGAGGCGGCUCCACCUCCAUCUCCACCAACCCAGCCAUCCACACCACCCAGAGUACACCAGCCUCCUGCCUCCCCCAGCCACACAUCACCACCAUCCAGCCCUCCAUGGGUACAGACAACCCUGUCGGUCCGACCCAGAACUGGCCUCACCACCCCCAACCUCUUCCGUUAGCUCUGCUCAGCCAAUCAGAAGGCAGGAUGGAGGCCGGCCUGCUCACAUCCCUGCAGCGUACAUCCUCCAUCCAGGGGCUCCUCGGCCAGCAGCUAUCCAGCUCCCAGCUCUCCUUCAGCAGCGCCCUGGCUCCGCCCCCUCUGCCAGGCCCAGAGCGCUUCUGCCCGGCGAGCCUCCUGGAGAACUCGGGGCACAGAGCGGGCCAGCGGGCUGGCCUCGGCCCGGGCGGUGGACUACACUACGAGAGCCACUUUGGCAAGUGGAGUUUUUCAGGCAGGAAGGGCUUCAAUGGACCAGCUGCAGCGGAGGGGGAGGGAGGGACAGUACAGAUCAUACGCACACAGCCUCUUCCUCCCACUCCCCUACAAGAGGUCAGUUCAACACAAGAUCCCCUGGGAGCCAUUCAGACGAUGGACCCCACCCUACUGUCCACGUCGGACCCCCCCACCCCCCGAGAGGAAUCCACAGAGCUGCCUUUACUCGAGCACCUGCGCUGAGUCUGCACCGGGAGACCCUGAGUGACGGUCUCCUCAGCGAGAGCACACCGCGGUCGAAUCUGGACCGGGCCCUUCCCGCCCAGACCAGACUCAUUCCAGCCUUCGGCACUCAUUCCAUCAACUCUUCGUUUCAGCCAAAGUCCGCUGUCAUCACGACUCAUGAGGCCUGAUGAUGAACUCAUUCGUAACAUUACUUUUCUGUUUCUCCAGACUAAGGCACUCAAGUGUCUCCAUGGACAACCGCUCGGUUGCUAGUGACAGGCCAGAAAGACCAGUGCAAUCAUAAGGGAUAUCUUGUUUGAGGAUUGUCUAUUUUUUUAUACUGGAGAAAAGAGGAUCACCUCUGACGUUCUCUCACUUGACAUCAGAACCAGCAGGGUUUUCUUUUUUUCUUUUUUCUUUUUUCAUAACCAAUCAAGACAAAAAGGACAAGUGGAAACCACGACUAGCCUUGUUUAGUUUCUCCCCAUCCUCACUGGACCUACCGUUUUGUCUGUACAGUUACAUCUUGAAGAAUUCAAGAGCCUCCACUUUUUCCCCAGAGCACAUUACACACACUCAAAGAGAAAAGUAAAAACCAGACACACACACACACACACGUCCCACCAAAAUGUUUUCUCUGUCCUCUGGCCUAUUUCCUACAGAGGUGCCUGACAACAUCAACACUUCUUCCAUCCCAGUCAACGUGUGGUGCUCCCACCACCAGUUUACAGUCGACUUAGGCCUGGACACGAGUUUCUGAACCCGACUAGCGACACAGACGUGUGAUGACUUUGGGACGGAGCUGCGCCCCGAGGAUCGUGUGAGAAUUGUGUUGAUCACAAACCCACAAACUGGGAGUGUUAGGAACUAAAAAGCCUUUUUUUUUUAAAUUUUGUUUUGUUUCGGUGAGUGGAAUGUCCUUUUAUUGUUUUUACUUGAAGAAUCACGAGCUCCUCGGUGUUCGAGGGGCACCGCGUCUGUUUUCUGGACCGUUGAAUAACUCCUCCCCCUCUGAGCAGAUCCAGUCGGCUCCUGACUGUCUCAGUAGCAGGGACCCCCGGCUGAUCCGCGUGGGCAGCUCCGUUUUCUUUGCCUGCAGUACCCCCCCCCCCCCCAAUUACUGUACUACUGCUUCUGCAUCUCCUGCUACUACUAAUAUACAGUACCCACUACUACUGCUGUUCCUCCCAACAGUCCAGUCCAGCGUUUUAGUUGGACAGAGACGAAGCUGAAUAAAUACUGAAAGUAAAGGUGGAAUAUUUAUUUGUUUAAUAUUGUCUUACAGAUAUAUCUUUAACGGGGUUUGUCUAUAUGGUGUGCUGAUAUAUCGAAUUGGAACUCUGCCUUCUGUCAACUGUACCCCCACCCCUCCCUCGAUCGUUUGGUGUCAUCACAUUUGUAUCAUCUCACCAAUAGCCCAGUCUUUUUUUUUCUUCUUAAACACGUGUAAUAGAACUGGAAGUAUUCCUGAGAAGUCACUUUAGGUUGGUUUAUUUCCCACUCUUGCACUCUUUUGUUUCACCACUGUGGAAAAAAAGCUAAUGAAAACACUGACGGAGGGUUGAAGUACAUCAUGUCAAAAAGAAAUUCUGAAAUAACCUUGUGCCAUAGCAUUAAGCUGCGAAUCAGAAAGAAGGCCUCGUCUGCUGGUUUUCUCACCAAGCUAUUGGACGCGACGUUCCCCCCGUAGGAGACUUGAAAGCAGGCCGGUGUUCUCGGGGUCUAUAAUGGGAGAGGAGUGGUCUUAUUCUGCAGGAAGACUUUUGGUCCAAAGGGAGGAAACUAAAGGGGAAAGCUAAAAGAGAAGUGUCACAUUUAUGAGUCAGGUUUCCAGUCUUUUAUUCUCUCUGGGUUAAAUUAUGCAGAUUAGCCCCGCCCCCACUUCCUUUGCUACUUAGAUCUGAACAAGGGACAUAUACUGUUCUAAGCUUCUCCUCUUUUUUUUUGAGAAUAUUUUUUCGCAGUCCUGAGAUUCCCGUCUGCCUCAGCUGUGCAGGUGAAAAGUGCAUCACCCUUCUCUCACAACACGUCAGUCACUUCCUCUACUCAGGAGAAACAGACAUUCUGAUCAGUGCUGUUUUCUGUUUUUCUCUCCUCAUUCAUCUUGUAUCCAAAGCAACAGGGAGUUGUAUUGCUUUUUUAUUAUUAAUAUUAAUAUUUUUACUUUGCUGGGAGUGAGGAAAGCACAAGUUAAUGGACAGACCUGGGUGUUGAUAAAAAAAGGGAUUUCUUAAUCUCUGAAAUUAUGUACAGCAUGUUUCGUAUAUAAAUAUAUAUUUAAGAUAUAAAUCUAUUUUAUUAUUAUUGGAUUUUGGGUUCUUUUACAUUGACGACACUAUGUUGAGGUUCCAGGGAGGGACUCCUGUGUUUACCCGUCAGAGGGCAGAGCUGACUCUUCAAAUUGAAAUGUGCAGUUUGGGAAGAAUCAACUAAUACUUCUUUUGCACAAACUGUAUCGUGUAUCAUCCCACUUUGUUAUUGUUUUAUUAUUUUUGGGUUUGGUUUUUUGGGGGGGUGGGGGGCUUUCUUUUAUUUAAGAACUUUUACGUCAAUGUUAAAUGUUCUGUACAGUUUUUUAUUUGAUUUUUUUUUUCCCCCUCAUAUUUAAAUUAAAGAUUUUUUGUGUCUUUGUUUGCAAAUCAGCUGUUCUGAGUGAUUAUAUUACAACAAACGAAUAUGUGCAAUAACUUUCACCUUAAGUCAGAGGAACCACUGUACCCCAGAGGGAGCUGUGUGUGUGUCACGUCAUGCUGGAUGACACCAGUUGGGUCUGAAGGCUGCAAGUUGAAAAAGUAGGAAGACGCGAGUUUGCCGGACCACUGUUGCCUCUUCCUCAUCUCUGCUCAAGGAAACGUCAGCUGCCACGAACAUAACACACAGAAGUGCUGGUGGUCGAGCACCAACGAUUUCCAUCCCUCCAAAUUGUCCAUCACAUCUGUGACGAGUAUUGAUUCAUGUGCAAACUUCACAGUAAUACAGGAAAUACAGACCUGAUGAUCGUCUUCUCUCGGUUUCUUCUCCACGCCACGACGGGCCGAUUCUGUGGGUCACUUACGAUUAUCCCUCAGUUCACCGGCAUCCAACUCCCUCCUGCACUCGGGUCUGUGAGUGUGACGUGGCCUGCGACAACACUCCGAUCCAGAUGAAUGUAAAGUCAACUAAUCGUUUCAGUGAGGACAGUUUUCUCUCCUCGUUCAAAGGUCAAAAUUCAUGUUGGUCCUUGAUUUGAUUGACCAAAACGCUGAAGAUGUUUUCUGUGUAAGGAAUUUAGAGUUGAGGAAAUGUGUUUAGGUUUGAUUCAAGGCUUUGCUAGUAGCAGCUGAUGGAUGCCUGUUUAAUGGCCUUGUUUUGAUGGAAUUGGGGGAAACAUUGAAAGUGUGUCCUGUGCGGCACAACUGUAGAUCAUUUUUGUAAAUAAAAUACCACACCUAUCAGAA